AUGGUGCGGGAUGACAGAAGUGAUGGAGCGAAAGGAGAACGAGUGAUGGUGUACCAUUCCUGUAAUGGAACGGUAUGGUAUGAAGCAGAGCAAGAUGGUGGUAAGACGCUGACACAGACACAACAACUCCUGCUAAAUCUGAAGUGUAAACAACCGACACAGGUGAACGCUUGGGUGACAAUUUUCAACUGGACUCAACAAUGGCUUGAUUUGUUAGAUAAAUUGGACAAUUAUCAACCACAGUACCAGGACUGGCCCUUGGUACGCCCACAGGAACCUAGAAGGAGAAGAGAGGUAAAGUCAGAAAAUGAGUGGGAGAAAAAGGGCUACCAGCCUUGGAUAAUAGGCUGGGCAUACAAUAAUUCGGUGAGAGUAACAGUGGCUCCUAAUGCAACUACCCAAGUAAAUAUACCAAUAAAGGCAUUGGAGGGUCUACGCACGCUAAGUAACAAAAUGAAGGAGCACUCAGGUGUGGACACCAGUUGGUACUCUGACUGGUUAAACGUCUUUGGCAAAUACAAAAGCUUGAUUGCAUCAGUACUGAUUUAUAUCGAUGUGUUUGCUGCUAUUAUGGUGUUAUGCGGAUGUUGCUGUAUUCCAUGUAUCAGAUCAUUAACUGUUAAGACAAUUAAACGCACGUUGGGGCCACUCCCUCCGGGUGGCCAGUACAUGAUGAUCCCUCAGAAGGACCCCCAGGAGGCGGAGACUGCUGUGGCCCUCCGGGAGUCUGGGAUAAUGGCUCGGCUCGGCUCUGUGAUAAGCCACCUUGGCGCCGAAAAUGACCGACCCUGGGCGACAAGGCCGGCAGCCGUGGUGGCUCGUCACGGCACCGGGCCGCGAUGGCUCAUCUCCGCCACGGAAGUGGAUCGGACGCGGAGGCGGUUUGGCUGUGAUCACAUAUCAUCUGAAUAUGGCACGAAACAACAGGGUAGGCGCCCAGUGAUGAUGUACACCUUACCUGAACGUUUUGGAGGCAGAGUACUUGAAAGAGGUAUCUCAAGAAAAGAUCUGUAGAGGGGAAUGCCUUCAGAGAGGACUGUACCCCUGUGACGAUAGUGCUUCACAUCUGUUAUCUUGCCAUGACAGAAAACAGCCUUCAUCCACCUACCUCUGCAGAGGAAGCCAUCGAGCUUUACAUGUUCUUGCAUGCUUUCAUACAAAUGCAAUUUCAUUAUCACAAUCUGCUCUACAGGAUCAAAUGUCAUACUCAUGGAACCCUCCAAAAAUGGUCGAGCUCAGUAGUGAAUAUUCUCCAAAUGGACAUC